AUGCCAGCUGACCGCUCCACCAGACGCCCAUUCACCGCUGCUCCUGCUCCCCUUCCAACCCAGGGACAUGGUGGAGAUCUCGACGCCUCCCACGCCAACGAACAAACCAACCUGGAGUCCAGUAUCGAUCCUACCGAGGACCAAGACUUCCUGCCCGAACCAGACCUCGACGCCUUUGUUCCAAUCUACACUGGCCGACAUGUCUGGUCUGCCACCCGCUCCGAUCCCUUGGUGCCUUUCGAGGAUCUUCCUCUCCCCAAGACCGACCGUGCUAAACUUCCGCCUUGCACCAUUCGGUGGCAGUUCACUGGCAAGUUCUUUUCCAACCGCGAUGAAGGGCCCGCCCUUGGCUCCCUGCGCAAGCAAAUGUGCGACUAUCUCCAUGCGCGAUCCUUCCCCGACGCCAACUGCAUGGUAAAAUUCCCCAAAGGAACCGGUCGAAACAAAAUGGUCGACAUCACUGUUCUGCAGCCGCAUCUUGCUGCCGCCAGUGAGGCCAUUCUUGUUUUCCGCCAGGCCAAGCUGCAGCGCCUUUUCGUCGGUCCUGCCCUUGACUUCAACUACUUUGUCAUCGAAAUCCAGAAUCUGCCCUACACUGCCGCCUGGACUGGCACUGCCCGCCUCAUCUGGGCAGCCCUCCACCAGUAUGUCCAAGUGCACGAUAUCUGGGUUCGCCAGGUUUCCUAUGCAGCCGAUGGCAAAGCCCCUCAAGACGAGAACAUCUACUUGGCCCUUGUGUCGGUUCCUAAAGAUAAAGACAAUCGCAUCGACCCCAUCAUCCUCGCUGUCAUCCCCGGCUACAUCAAAAUCCACGAUAAUGAGAUGCCUCUGGCCUUUGCUGGCCGGCUCGACUGGUGCUCCACCUGCAGAUCCAGGGCCGAAUACUACCACACCUUCGAGACGUGUCUCAAACGACAAUGCAGCAAGCGCAAACGCUCUGGACAUCUUUCGGCAAACUCUCUGCACAGUCCUUCGACACCAAUCGGUAAAACAGACUCGGUUCUCAUCCAGGAGAUGAGACUCGUCAACCCAGCACAACUCCCUACUCAAAACCCACUCUCUCGGCUCCACCACCCCUUUGCCACUAGGGGGCACCGCGCCAUUCUCGGCGAAGACUGUGGCAUCAUCUUUCGCAACACCAAGUGGCAGGUGGAAGACCAUAAUUCCGGCGACUACUUCACCUACGCCAAGAUCCGCAUCCCAGAUGACGAACCAGCGAUUGGGACAAACAUCCCACUUUUGCACGUUUGGAGCAUCGAUGCUCCGCCAGCAUAA